UGCUCUUGUGUAAUCAUAUCCAUGCACAUUUGCUGAAGCCUAUUUUCCAACACAUGACAUGAUGAAAUUAGCUCUUAUUUUCCUGUCAUUUACUCCAGUUCUGAUUGUAAAGACGACAAAGGUUCGGUACCAUCUAUAUGACAGAAUAACUUCUCUGGAUAACCUGCAAACUGCAGAGACCCCAUCCAGUUUCAGACAGACUCAAAGUUUCCUGGAAUGUGGAUCAGUUUGUUCACAGGACGAGCUGUGUGUCGCCAUCGUGCUCCAUGGUGGUCAGUGCUACACCUACUCGUCAUCUGUUUCGUCAUCUGGAGUCGCAAACCACGGUGCCAGAGCAUACGCCAAGCGCGGGGCCAAAUCGUGUCCACCUGACUUUCAUCAUGACAAAGAAGCCAACCUGUGUCUGAAUCUAGAUACGAAUCCUAACCGUACCUUCAGCGCCAACAGAUGCUCCGAAAUGUUCGUAGAUGCCCGUCCUGCCCAACUUGAAACAACGCAGAAACUUCAAGCAGCGGUGAUCUAUCUGAAUCAAAAAGCCUCUAAUGAUGAAUGA